AUGCACCAGGAACAACAAGAGACAUUGAAAAAAAUUCUUAACAAGAUGCUAAAAGAGCAAAAAUUAGAAGAAAAAAAACUUUUCGAAGAAAGAAAAAAAAUGGAGAAUGAAACUAUGAAAAAAGAAAUGGAAAUUAAAAAACAACUACAAGAAGAAGUGAAGAAACGUAACGAAGUAUUAAGAGCAGAAAAUGAAAAACAUCAAUUCGAGAUGGAAAGAAUACAAAAAGAACGAGACGAGCUAAAGAAAAAUAAAGAAUUAGGAGAAAAAGAAAGGACGGAAAUAGAAAAACAAUAUCAGAAAAAUGAACAGCAACUCAAGAAACAAUUUGACAGUAAAAUAAAUGAAAUCAAAUUGCAAUUUGAGGUGGAAAAAAGCAAUGUAGAAAAAAUGAUACAACUUGAAAAAGAAACCUUAGAGAAAAAAUACAAAGAACUGACGGAUAAAUACAAGAAAGAAAGCAAAAACCUAGAACAACGAAUACUAAAUACCACUUUAGAGAAAGAUAAUCUGUGUAAACAGCUGGAAGAAACAAAACAGAAAAACCAACAACUGGAAACGAAUUUUCAAAAUCAGUGUCUGCGGCAUAAAACCGAACUUCGCGAUAAGGAAUUAGCUUUGACAGAAAUGAAGCAUAAAAACCAACUGCUUAUCAAGAAGCUUGAACUUGCUGAAGUAGCAAAUGCCGAGACUUUGGAAUCAAAACUAAAAGACCUGGAACAGCGAUAUGGGAAAAUCAAGGCUAAUUUACCAAAAGAAGAGAAACAGCGGAUUGAAAAGAAAAUCAACAAAUUACAGAUAAGAAACAGUUAUUUAUAUAAAGAUUGUUGUAUCAUAUAA